CUUGACGAUCGCGUGCCGAUUGUUUUGGUCGGUUGCUGGAAUCGACACUCAAGCACAACAAUCAUCACCCACAACCACCGACUCUUGCCACAACCAGUUUUCGACGAUUGAACUAGUACUUCAAUCUCCGGGCUUCUGAGAGCCGCAAAAAGAGACUUCAAUACUUUAUUCAGCUAGACGACGGCAGUAACAAUCCUCAGGCCGGUUGUGCCACGACGCGCUGAGCGACCCCGCCAAAGCCAACUCUCACCAUGUCCCUCAUUUCAGCACACCUCGAGCAAAUAAGCUUCUCAUGCCAAGGGAUUGAUUCCCUCCCCUUCCCUCAACCCAAAAUCUUCACGAACGCCCUCCUCUCCAACCACGACAUCACGUCCCUCAUCCGCGACACCGAACCCCACGAGCGCGCUCUCUUCUCCGUGCCUCCUCCCCCACCGCCAUCUACGACCCUGAAACCUACAGAGCCUGAGAAGAAGAAGUCAUCUCACCGACGUCAAACCGUCUUCAAUGUCGCCUCGGGAGAGGUCACAACUGGCCCUCCUACCCGCACCGGCGUCCCGCACAACCCUCGGCGCCACACGGCUGUGUCCGCAGUCCUAGGAGGCCAGAUGCACGACCAGCUCCGCCGCGGAGAGCAGGACCGCAAGGGUGAUGUGGACGUGAGCGUGCUGCUGCGCGGCGCCGAGAAGCUCUGCGGGGUCUACGAGCUCCCGGGAGCACGCGAGCGCAUCAAUGCCCUGCGGAGCAAGUAUGCGCACGGGAAAAACACCAUGGCAUACUACGAAGCGCGAGUGUCUGAGCAGGCGGAGCAACUGGCGAGCAUGAAUCGGGAUUGGAUGGAAGACGAGGAGGAUGAGGAGGAUGAAGAGGAGGAGGCCGGGACGUGGACGGAGGAGGACCUGAGGAGGGAGGAGGAGGAGGCGAGGCAGAUGGAGCUGAAGAAGAGGGAGCUACAGACAAGGCUGAGGGCGAUGGAGAAGGAUUUGGGGGGGCUUAUGAAUAUGUGAGUUGCUGAGAAGGAUGAAUGAUGUGAGGAUAUACCCCUGAACGACGAUGAGAUGGUUAUACGACGGAGAGAAUGAGGGUUAUGAGCGAAUGAACUCUCUCGUUAACCAAUACCAAACCAACUGCACUAAACUGCCAAUUCUAC